AUGGUGGAUAAGACAGCUGCUGUCCCUGGAGGUGGCGCUGUGCUGGGGCUGGUGGUGCCGGUGUGUCUGCAGCUGACCCAGGAGGACCUAGAGACCACCAAGCUGGACCCUAAAGAGGUCGACAAGAACCUGAAGGAGUCGUCUGAUGAGAACCUAAUGGAGCACAGCCAGAAACAGUUCUCUGCUCCAGACCCCCUCAGCUCUGGGUCUUCCUCCCUGCUCUACCCCCUCAUCAAGCUGGCUGCGGAGGUGACGGGCGCUGGGGCCGGGGCUGGGGCCCGGGGAGGGUCUGGGACCGGGGCUGGGGCCCGGGGAGGGUCUGGGACCGGGGCUGGGGCCCGGGGAGGGUCUGGGGCCGGGGCUGGGGCCCGGGAGGGUCUGGGGCCGGGGCUGGGGCCCGGGGAGGGUCUGGGGCCGGGGCUGGGGCCCGGGGAGGGUCUGGGGCCGGGGCUGGGGCCCGGGAGGGUCUGGGGCCGGGGCUGGGGCCCGGGAGGGUCUGGGACCGGGGCUGGGGCCCGGGGAGGGUCUGGGACCGGGGCCCGGGAGGGUCUGGGACCGGGGCUGGGGCCCGGGGAGGGUCUGGGACCGGGGCUGGGGCCCGGGGAGGGUCUGGGGCCGGGGCUGGGGCCCGGGGAGGGUCUGGGGCCGGGGCUGGGGCCCGGGGAGGGUCUGGGACCGGGGCCCGGGGAGGGUCUGGGACCGGGGCCACAGAACCUCCCCAAGCGGCCAAGCAGCCUCCCACUCAACACCAAGGACAAGCAGGGGUCUGGUUCCUCCAGGCUGAAACAGGGGUCUGGUUCCUCCUGGCUGAAACAGGGGUCUGGUUCCUCCUGGCUGAAGUCUGGGAAACAUAAGACAAACCUGAAGCAUGUAGAAACGGGCGUGGCCAAGAUUAACACGGUCGCCCCGGCAGCAGAGCCACACCUGGUUACCGUUACCAACAAUGGAAGAACCGGGGUUGGGGUGAAUGGGGUGCGGAGCGGAGUGGGCGUGGUGGUCGUCAACGGCUACCUGAACGGAGGCGUGGUCUCUUCAUCUGGAGGCGGGGCUCUGUACGGGAUGACCAAUCCGGCGGGCUUCCAGAGUGAGGUGGGCGGAGCAACGCCCCUGUUACAGACUCAGCUCAGUGCAGAGGACAGUAGACUCAACAUCAACAUCAACUCCAGUCCUGAUGAACAUGAACCGCUGCUAAGGAGAGAGCAGCCCGCCCCAUGUGACCAGAGACCAACCAAUCACCUGGCGGCACGCACCAACACCAACAACAACAACAACAGCAGUCUGGUGAUGGCAACACCAGUCCCAGAGCCCCAGCAGGAGGCCCCUGUACAGCAGGAGGCUGCCCAGCUCCGACAGCCUAAACCCAGACGUCCUGAGAGACCCUGCUCCCUGGACCUGUCUGCCUCCUCCUCUUCAGGUGAGAAGAGAACACACCGCACAUCUCUCUACCUCAGUCCACAUGAGGAAUGUCCUGAAUGA